AUGGGUGCCCUCUUGUCUUUGCCGCUUCUCGCGGUCCCCAGCGUUGGUGGUAUCAUAUCCUUCGCUGCCAGCUGCUGCGGUGCUGCGACUUGUUCUAUGGUCUGCAGCGCAUGUGGCAAAUGCGGCAAUAGUGUCGCAACUCGAAUCGCAUACGCGCUCCUCCUCCUCGUCAAUUCGAUCAUCGCCUGGAUAAUGCUCACGCCUUGGGCGAUCAAAAAGCUGCAGAAACUCACCCUCGAUUAUGUUACGAUCAAUUGUCCCACAGGCGAAUGCCAUGGCUGGUUUGCCGUUCACCGAAUCAACUUUGCGCUUGGCCUCUUCCAUCUCAUUCUUGCUGGCCUGCUCUUUGGUGUCGCAACCUCAAAAAGUCCUCGCGCUGCUAUUCAGAACGGAUACUGGGGACCCAAGGUCAUUGCGUGGCUUGCCUUUGUUGUUCUCUCUUUCUUGAUUCCCGACAACUUCUUUUUGUUCUGGGGCAAUUACAUUGCCUUCGCUGCAGCUAUGUUGUUCCUCUUGCUCGGCCUUAUUCUGCUCGUUGAUCUGGCUCACAACUGGGCCGAAUACUGCCUCGCCCAAAUCGAGGAAACCGAUUCAAGAGUUUGGCGAUUCGUUUUGAUUGGCUCCACCCUGGGCAUGUACAUCGGCUCGCUUGCCAUGACCAUCGUUCAGUAUAUCUUCUUCGCCCAAGGUUCUUGCUCGAUGAACCAAGCUGUUAUCACCAUCAACCUUAUUAUGUGGCUUGGAAUUUCCAUCAUCUCUGUCAACCCGACUGUUCAAGAGUUCAACCCAAAGGCAGGACUUGCUCAAGCGGCCAUGGUGGCUGUUUACUGCACAUAUCUUACUAUGUCGGCUGUGUCUAUGGAGCCCAACAGCAAGUGCAACCCUCUGAUAAUGGGGUCAGGAACACGAACGACUUCUAUUGUUAUUGGCGCUAUUGUCACCCUGCUCACCAUCGCCUAUACCACCACCCGGGCCGCAACUCAGAGUCUUGGUCUGGGUAAUUCGAACGGUAUUCAGCUGCCGGAGGACGAUGAGCACGGUCUUGUGACGCAACAGCCAAGUGCUCGCCGUGAAAUGCGAGCAGAGGCCUUGCGUAGAGCCGUUGAAGAAGGCAGUCUGCCUGCCGAUGCUCUGCUCUCCGAUGACGAAAGUGAAGCUGGCGACACUCCUGUGGGAGACGAUGAGCGAAACAGGACUCAGUAUAGUUACUCUGUGUUCCACAUUAUCUUCUUCUUGGCUACUGCCUGGGUGGCUACCCUGCUCACCAUGAACUUCGACGAGUCCACUAAGGAUGGUGACUUUGCUACUGUUGGCCGUACCUACGCAGCAAGUUGGGUCAAGAUCGUCAGUGCCUGGGUCUGUUACGGCAUGUAUGCGUGGACUUUGGUGGCGCCUGUUGUCCUUCCCGACCGUUUUGACUUUGAUUAG